UCUUAGUCCCCAUACACUGGCAGGAACUACUGUUUACGUGAUUUUUUUUUUCGGCAAUCAGUAUUUAUCUAGGGAAACUAAGGAAGAGUAGAAAAAUAGCAGAGACAAAAAGAAGCUUAUUGAGAGGGAAGAGAGAAGGGGGAGGCACUGUAACCUUGCCUUCUCUGAUCAUUAACCUUGCUGGGAUAUGCGGCAAACACUUCACUCUGAGCUGAGUUACUUGGAAGGCUGAUUCCCAGGGAGAUUGGACCAGACCUGAGCUAACACUUGCCUUGCUCUGAAGAGCAAUAUGGAUUUUCAAAAAUUAUUCUUCGCCUUAUUUUUCAUCCUGAUGAGCCUGCUGUUGAUUAAUGGCCAGAAACCAGCCAACCUUGCGCAGCGCCGAAGGAUACACAGACACAACUGCUUCCUGAAGAGAUGCAUACCGCUACAUUCAAGAGUUCCCUUUCCAUGAGACCACUGAGGAAUCUCAUCAUGAAAGGUGUAACAUUGGAACAGGCUCAAAUCUACAGAAAUAUUAUUUAUUUGGAACAGUGUUUCAGAAGUUAUGUGAUUUGUAACUGGAUGUUUCUUAAACAAGCUACCCAGGAAAAUGGACACGGACAAGCUCCAACCCAUACAAUUGGCUGCCGGACUAGAAAUGGCACAAAAGUUGCCGAAAGCAAAGUCCCACCAUGAAACUGAUCCAGGAGACAUCUAAAGCAACCUUUUGUGUUCCACCAAAACAGAAAAGAGAGCCUAUUCUCCAUCAUAUUCCAAGGAUGUGAAUGUACAAAGGCUUUCAUUUAUUAUUAAAUUGAAAUGAAGCCUUUUAUUAUAAGCCACUGUACCUCAAAAGCUGUGCUUGUUCAUGGCACUGUGAUGCAACCAACUCCUUGACUUAUGGGGAUAAAGUAAGAAAAGCCAGAAGAUGGUUUUGGACAAUCUGGUUAUAUUUCAAUAUUCCCCUUUGAGUAAAAAAUUAGAGGACAAUGACGUAGGACAAAAACGUAACCUGAAUGAUACAGAGAUUACUAAGCCUAGGCUGCAAAAUCUAUUGCUUUUCCAUGCUGUCAAUAUGGGCUAUAGGGUCAUGUCUCAUAAUAUUUCUAAAGGAUUAGGCAAUUACUGGUUGUGAAUAAACUGAAAUUAUAAGCAUACACUACCAGUGGGUUCUGGGGGUUACAGGCUCACAUCAGCUUAUGCUGUUGAUUACAUUACCAGAUUGUUGUCCCGUAGCGAGCUUUUUUUUAUGCUUAAUAAUUAACAUAACAGUUACUGGAUCUCAGCAUGUAAUGCUUCUGUAUUUGUCUGGGUCAAUUCAUAUGUUAAUUGGUGUGAGAAGCAGCUAGGGAGCCAUAAUACAUAGUGACAGAAGAGAAGAACCUCUGCACUCAGCCAUAUAAAUAUAGUAAAGGGAAUUUUGCACAGAAAGAUACUAAGAAAAUGUCCUUCUUAUUAAACAAAACAGGGAUUGUUUGUCCUGAUAUUACAAUAUAUUUAUAAAGCAAUGUUUAGUGGAGCGCACAACUUUCCCUCUUUCUGUAAGGCUAAUGGUGCACAGGCUGUUUUCUCUGCUGGUAUAAAACCCCGAUACGCUGGCUUCCAGGGCCUGUAUGUGUGUAUUAAUAGCAAUAGGAUCGGCCUGUUGGUGUGGAAACAAAGUAUUUUCCGAUAAAAAAUUGCAGCGACUAAUCGCCUCGUCUGUCUUUGUAGCAGCUACUUGUCCUGACUACAAAAAUAGACAAUGCUGAUAAUUUGCUGGUAACUGUGUCUAUGUGUGUUUUAACAGAAGCAAUUCUCAGUAUUGUCUAUGGCAGGGUAUUUUCUGACGUUUAGUAGCCGUGACAAAUAGCUGCUACUAAGUAGCUCUGCAAAGCAUUCAAGUAAAUGAAAGAAACAUUAUCACUGCAAUAUAUGCUUUUUUGUAAUCCCACUUUGUCUUUUUGCUCAUAGAUAGGUUUCUGUUGCAUAAGGGAUCCAGGUUUAGGAUAUUAAAUAAGUUGAAGUACCAUGGUUAUUUACUCUCCUUUUAUGUACAUUUCUUAUCUGUACUAUGCUCUGAUUUUAUUUUGCAUGUGUAGCUUCACAAAAGUAACAAAAAGUGACCAUACACACUUUGUAUGUGGUUGGACAAUUUGGCAUGUUUCAACCACUGAUACCUUUAUAGGGCCCACAAAAACAAAUGGCAACAAAUCUCCCCCUGUAAUAG